CAUGGUUAUUGUUCCCAUUAUCCAUCCCUCCUUCCGCCGCCCGUCGUGAUCCACUUCACUUACCCUCAGCACCACCGCCUCACCUGUUAACCUCGGUGCUGCUGCCCUUUGCGCCAGGAGCUAUCAUGGCAGCUACACAGAAGCUAUACCCCCGCGCGACCGUCAAACGCGUCGUCAAGGCACACUCCAACCGCAACGUGAGCAAGAAUGCCGAUAUUUUGAUCUUCCUGGAUUACAUGCUGUUCAUGCAAGAACUGAUGCGGGAAUCCUCAAUUCAAUCGCGCAAAGCGGGCGAGAAGAACAUCUCUCCCAACAGCGUUCGAAAGGUGACUGAGAGAACCCUUCGGAAGUUUAAAGGAUAAGCUUGUGCACGGUGUGCGGUUCGGCGUCCUUCUCCGGGCUCCUGGAGAGCAUGUAUGAUGUCGCGAUGGCCUUAUAGUAAUGGCGGGCCUAUACUAUAACCAGAUGGCGUUGAUUUUGGGGAAGGAGGAUUAUCGUAGGGGUUUGAUUUUUUGCUCUGGGUUUAUUUUCAUUUGCUUGCCAUGCCUAUCCUACGGGACAAUUGGCUGAUGGAAACUUGGUCAGACAAUGAUGGGAGCUUUGCGCGGCGUUGACUAGGAGUUGUUUGUGAUGAUACCCAACGAUCAUGGUGAUCUAAAGCAGCAGGGAUUCCCCCUUGUCGAAAUCGAACCUGUAAUGCGUCCGAGGCGCUCCUCCAACCACAAUUUCUUUUGUAGACCAUUGAG